AGAAUUGAGGGGUGGUUGAUUGCGCAAGUAAAAAACUACAACUCCCUAGAAAUUGCAUCCGUAUCACUUGUGUACGGUUACAGAUCGCUAACAUAUUCGAGAGGCCGCCGUCUCAACUGCAGGCAGACCAUCAAAUGAUUUGACGGUUCCACAUAUCAGUUGACACUCUUAAUAUUGUGUCAUGAUGGCGGAUGACAACAAACCAAUCCACGAGCUGCGUUUUGACGCUGCAGUCCAAGUGAUUCAGAGUUUACCUGCGGACGGUUCCUUUCAGCCAUCCAAUGAGCUGAUGUUGAAGUUCUACAGCUACUACAAGCAGGCCACGCAGGGGCCUUGCAACAUUCCACGGCCAGGCUUCUGGGACCCAGUGGGCAAAGUCAAAUGGGAUGCAUGGAAUGCUCUUGGAGAAAUGUCAAGAGACGAGGCCAUGACGGCAUAUGUAGAAGAAAUGAAACUGAUUCUGGAGAGCAUGCCGGUGACCGAUGAAGUCGAGAGACUGCUUAAGGUCUUGGGGCCAUUUUACCAGAUGGUGGACGAGAAGAAUGCCAGGGACGCGUCUGACCUGACCACAGCCCGACUGGAAAGGUUUUCUAGACAACUGGAAGGUAUUGGUGGUAUAAUGGGAACAACAUCCAAGGCAGUCACCAAGAGCAUCAUCAGGAACUUGGAAAUGAAUGGCUCUUUGGACAAUCACAUGUCCCGACUGGAGGUUCAGAGGAGAGCCAUCAAGAAUACGGAAGAUGAUGACAUUGAUGAGGAAGACGAAGAGGAAGAGGAGGUUGUGGAAGUUAAAAAAGCCCCACCGCCAAGAAAGAAAGGGUCGUCAGGGAAGCCCAAAGCCCCCUUAUCAAAUGGUAGUGUGGCACAUGGAGGCCUCCCUUUGACCAAUGGCACGCACAGCUCCAAGUCUGCGCUCAAUGGAAACGGUGUGGAUGAGGGGCCAGAGGCCACUGCUCUAGCUGAUGGCAGCAUGGAGAUCAACGGCCAUCUCAGUGAUCUCCCGGAGGACUUGUGCAGCCACCAGCAUGUGGCCAGUGACUCAGACAGUGAGGUGUACUGUGACUCUGUGGAUCAGUUUGGUAUGGAGCAGGGCUCAGAGGUGCACAUCGACCUCGACCAGGACCUCGAGGAGAACCACCACAGCACCCUGUCCUCCACUGAGGAUCUUGGCGUGUUUGUGUCUGACGCAGAGGACCUGCAGGCAGGGCCGGAGGGCGUUCAGCACGGCGGGGAGGACGGGAAGACUGGCUCAGACUCCCCACAUAGGCAUAGGGUGCCUGCAGAGAGAGCUGACGGCUCAUUGGUCCGCAGAAGCAGAGGCUCCAGAUCCAUAACCUCAAGUGGAGGAGCCCAGGAGGUGCUGCAGGGCAGUGGGGGGGACGGGGAGCGCCGUGGGUCGGAGGGGGCAGUUGAAGGGAAUCUGAAUGAGCAGAUUGUCACAGCACUGGCUAGGCUACAGGAGGAUAUGCAGAGCGUACUGCAGAGGUUGCACACCCUGGAGGGCCUUACUGCCUCCCAGGCCCGAUCCCUUGCCUUGCCUCUGAGCCUUCCGUCACCCCAUGUCACAAAGAGACCUUCCUGGUGGCCCUUUGAAGUAUCCCCAGGCACAGUGGCCUUCGCAGUGGUGUGGCCAUUUGUUGCACAGUGGCUUAUUCGCCUGUAUCUCCAGCGAAGGAGAAGGAGGAUCCACUGAAAAGACUCUGCCUCAUCCACGUGUAGGAAGGCGAGUCAGUCCUAGAAGAGCUCCGUCUGGGCCCUUUCCUUAGUAGCAGGCCUCGGAUCGUUUCCUCUCUGCUUGUCUCCCCUCAUGUCUAACUCUACGCUUUUGCACUAUGACGAGUAGCGAGUGGUAGGUUGCAGCUGAAAUCAGUCCCUCGUGGACUUAAUGUAUGGAGUCGCAGCUUAUCAUGCAAAUUCAUUUUCAUUUCAAAUCUUAAAGAAGAAAAAUAAAAUAAAAAUGCAAGGACACUAACACACAUGGUUCAACGACGACAACCACAUAAGGUCUCCAUUAACAAAAGAAAAGUUAAACAAAAUCAGUGUGCGGAAUAAUGGAUGUAAUUCUUAACUUUUUUAGAUUUAAAUUUGAUGUUUUCAGCUGUUCAAUUCUGUAUUGAUCACAGGAGCGUUAUCACUACAUCAAAAUGUAUAAGUUAAAUCCUUUUUAGAUUCAUAACAACUGUGAUCUGAAGAUAAAUGAUCUUUAUAGAGAAACUUGCUGCUAAUUAGUUAUGGGCAGAACAACGCAGUAUGGUAUAGUUUUAAUGCACAUUUUAUGUUUUAUGUUAAUUCAGUUACAGGACGGUUAGUGUGACUGAAGUAGAAAUGUGUCCAUGAUCUGCACAUACUGUUUAUCAUUUGUAGCACAGGACUAGGUCCCUCAGAAUGUAAUCGGUUCGUCUUUAAAAGUUCCUUUUUUUAAAUUAGCCAAUAUUAUCUACAGAAAGUCUUGUGUUGUGCGUGGUUAUGAUGUGACCUGUGUGUGCAGAUAUGUUGUGAAUGAGGUGUUAUGAGUAUGGAAGAGACAUUGGAGAUUAUACUGAAUAUUAGCUCAUAUCCUAAGUGAGGCGAGGGGAUCACUGAACCAAAGUCUGAUAAUAUCAACAAGUCCUGCUGCCGUAUACUUGUAGAGAGCUGAUGAUGAGUUAUUGAACUAUGGUUCUACAUUGUGUUGUUAAGCCCAAAGUUCAAAUCCCAGUAGGGCCUUAAUGCAACUACAAAAGUAAUAUAGCAGUAAAGCAAUUUACAUUUCAGAUCUGUGAUUGAUCAACAAUCUGGUUUUAUCCAAUAAUAUUGUCCAAAAGAGGUCUUUGCUUCUCAUCUCCAGAGAGCAUUUCUAUUCAUAGCCCAAAGAGUAGGGAGAUAAUUGACCUAAUGGUAUUUGGAGAGGCUGACCAGAAAGUGCACUGCGAGUUAUAAACAGAAGUUUUAAAGUUCUUUGAAAUGCAAUUUUAUUAAUUCUAAUAUGGAUCAGAUAGCCUUUUUUUUAUCUGAGUUUUACAGUUGUAUGACGUUUUUUGUGUUUCCAUUUAGUGUAAAUUGUGUAAUACUGUUAAUAGAGACUGUACAGCAUAAAUAAUAUAAUGUAUGGAUAUAACAAUGUAAUAUUUUAAUUGCACUGAAGUGUAGUAUUGUAAUAUACAUAUAUACAGAUAAAAAAAACUAUUUAAUGAAUUCCUAUAAUAUUAUUUGGAUUGGCAGUAGAUCUGACCUUAGAGUUGUACAGAUGCUUUUUUUUGUUGAAAUUAUCGUUUCUAUUAAGCUUUCUAACCAAGUCUGCCCCCUUGUGGACAGUUCUUUGCAUGUCUUUGCUAAUCUGAAGCACGAAUAAAGGUUUUGGAACAAUUUA